AUGAGCGGAACAACUGUGUGGGUAGUGUUCUUUAUAACGCUUGUCUCCGGUGCAGUGUUUUGGAAGUUUGCUCCAAAGGAGAACCAAACUGUUUGGAGAAGCACUGUUUCAUUGACGCUUGGAAUGAUGUUUUUGAUGUGGGCCAUCACCUACCUCGCACAGCUACAUCCUCUGGUUGCACCACGUCGUUCUGAUUUGAGACCAGAGUUUACAUGA